AUGGUAGUAAGACACUUCCACGGCCAGAUGAAGCAUCAAAACGUGAAUGCGACGAUUGCUCAGAUCCGGACGAGAUUCUGGGUCACGAAGAUGAGACGAUUCCUAAAGGAGGUCAUCUCGUCGUGCAACGAGUGCAAGUUGCAACGGACGCGGCCGAUGCCGCCAAUAAUGGGACCCCUUCCAGAGGAUCGCUUGGAAGCAGGAGGAUGGCCAUUUAAGUACACUGGACUGGACUACUUUGGGUCACUGCUGGUGACUGUUGCCCGUCACAGAGAGAAGUGUUGGGUCGCCCUGUUCACGUGCUUGACGACGAGAGCGAUUCACUUGGAGCUGGCGCAUGACCUGUCAACGGAUUCCUGCAUAAUAGCGAUCAGGAACUUCGUCUGCCGUAGAGGGCCAAUACGAAAACUGCGGAGUGACAAUGGCAAGAACUUCGUGGGAGCUGACAGGGAGGCCAGACGAUUUGGAGAUGAGCGGAUGGUGCAGUGCGUCAAGCGUGUGCUGCGCCGCCAUACCCUGAAGGAAGUCGCGCCGAGGGACCAUGUGUUGAAGAAGCUCCUGAUAGAAGCGGAGAACAUAGUCAACUCGCGUCCGCUCACCCACUUGCCGGUGGAUGCGGACCAAGAGGCGCCGUUGACGCCAAACGACCUGCUCAAGGGAGCAGCUAACCUGCCGGAUACGCCUGGAUUGGAAGCGGAGCUGCCCAAGGAGGGUUCUACGCGAAAGCAGUGGAGGAUUGCCCGCAUGCUGCGAGACCGUUUCUGGAGGAGGUGGGUCAUGGAGUACCUCCCUACGCUUGUGCGCCGCGAGAAGUGGUGCCGAAGAACGGAGCCCAUCCGCCAGGGCGACAUGGUCUUCGUCUGCGAUCCUGCCUUGCCCAGACGAGAGUGGCGCAAGGGUAUCGUGGAGAAGGUCUACAGCGGAGCUGAUGGAGUUGUCAGACGCGACACUGUGCGCGUGAACGGUAAUUGCCAAUCUCGGACAAUGUUGCGGCCCGUCUCGAAACUUGCAGUUUUGGAUUUGAGUGAAGCGGUUCUUCACGGGGUCGGGGAUGUCGACGGUCAAACAUUUACGGGUCUGGAAUGUGUCUUCGUCCUCGCUCUUGUGCUAAUUCGCGUCUUCUUCUUCCUUGUCUUUGUCCUCGCUCUGGUGCAAGCUCACAUCUUCCUUGUCUUCUACGACGUCCUUGGAUCCAAAAUCUUGGAAAGGUAG